CGAGAAAGGAACUACGCCACCAUCAUUCAUUCAGAUUGAGACUGAGAGUCUGAGACAAUCAAUCAGAUCAGCAAAUGUGUGAGUGUUAUGAGAGACAUUUUGGCUUUGUAUACCUUGUGUAUAUUCCUUAAGUUUGGUAAAAUAACAGCAACGUAAAAGAAAUGACCGCUGAAAACGAACGUGAAAUAUAUCAUAAAUUGGAAGCCAUGAAAGAGAUCAGGAAUAAAACAAUAACAUUGGAACGGAUGAAGCGUAGCAUACUGAAUGAGGUGCGCAGUGGGGACCAGGAAGGGCGCUGCCUGGCUCAGUACAAGCGGGAGAUGGAGCUACUCCAGCAAGAGAAGAUGAGCCAUGUAGAAGAACUGCGCCAAAUUCAUGCGGACAUUAAUGCUAUGGAAACUGUGAUUAAACAAACGGAGGAGAGCAUGACGCGCAAGUUGUCGAAUGCGUCGCGGCUCCACGAAGACUACCGGCCGCUGAAGGCCGAGGUGGACUUGCUGCGGCGCCAGUGUCUCGGCCUCGAGCGCCUGCCCGACCUGCAUGAGGAAGAAGGCAGCCCAAUCACGCCUGACCGGUUCCCAGCACUACCGUCAGGGGGCGCGGCGGCGCCGGCGCCACGCGCGCUGGGCGGGUUCCUGCCGCCGGCGGCGCCCCGCAAGCCGCCCCCGCCGCCGCCCGCGUUCAGGUCUGCACUCGACCAAGAUUUCAUUACCGUCUCACUGAGACAGCAGCCCCCGCCGAUGAAGUCGUGCCUGUCGUGCCACCAGCAGAUACACCGCAACGCGCCCAUCUGUCCGCUCUGCAAGGCCAAGAGUCGCUCGCGGAACCCCAAGAAGCCCAAGAAGAAAUAGUGAGCCCGCCCCCUCCCGGACGAAGGCCGGCUCCUGACCGAUCUCACGCUCCCCCUACACUGCGCUUACUGGCUACCCCAGUCACAUAACUAAUACACUAAUAUAAGCUCUUGUCAAUGUCUAGUUCGUAGCUAAUGUUAUGUUAAGUCACUACAACUGAACCUGUAUACUUCUGUAAAUAGAUCUUAGUUGACCUGGUAUCAGUGCCAAAUGUAUUGUAAAUAAUUGUUCGUAUGAUGGUGUGUAACUCUUCGGAGCAGUUGUCGAUGCGCCGUGCACAUUAAUACCUGUGACUGCGCGACGCUGUAACAGUUACACAACACACUACACUAAACACUUGUAGCGUCGAGGAAAACUUGUACAUAUUUGUGUUUGUACUAUGUACCUACAGUAACGACAAAGACUAAAUUGUAGGUUUUAUUGAAUGUUAGGAGUAAUUACAUCUCAUUAUCUGUGUUGUAUUAUUUAUUGAAAAACUGUUUAGAGUUUGUUUUUACGAAGUCUUAAUCAGACAUUGAGCAGUAUGCGCGUAAACUAUGGCAUAAUAUUAUGUGUCAUUUGUAUUUCUUUUCAAAGAAAUAUAGGUAAGUAUACAUAGUAACUUUGUUUUGAUUUCUCGUGUGCCGGAUAUAAGUUGCUCUGGUUUGUACAACAAUGCUUGAUUAAUCAGUGAAUAAAUAAAAGUGUAAUGAGGAACAUUUGUUUGAGGUCAGCUAUUUAGUUGACUCAGAUGUGAGCUAGUUGUGAGGUUAGAGUGUCGAGUCACCAGUGCGCACACAGCGAGCCAUUGUCUCGCUUAUACCUAGUCUAUAGAACGCCAGUACCUAAGUAUUGUAAGAUCGUGUAAAUAUAAAUAUGGGGCCUGUGUGCACCAUAUCGCGUUGGAUGAAAGCUCCAGCAGCGUAACGUGCCCACAGCCGCUGCAAUACUUUUAUAAUGUAAAAUAAAGUGUUUAUCAGUGUCAGCACUAGUUUUAUUUAACAAAAGUCAAUAACAAUUAUUCGAGCUGAACCAAAUAACCUUACUUGUUUAGCUAACGGCUUCACCCGCAGUACCCGGUGGAAAAGCAGCUCGAGUGUUAUUCCAGAC